GAUUGUGUUGCCCUAGAGCUACACAGUAAACUAAAAAUAAUCUUAGUGUUAUCUUUGAUGCCACCCUGUCAUUCAGGCCUUUUGUAUAGAACACGGUAAAGACCUCCUUUUUUCAUCUUAAAAAUAUUGCACGUAUUAGGCCUAUGUUGCCCUUUUCUGUAGCUGAAAAAUAUAUUAUUUAGUUUUCUCACAAAUUGAUUAUUGCAAUGCUCUCCUUGUUAGAGUGUCCAAAUCCUUUCUUAACAAAUUACAAUACUUGCAGAAUUCAGCAGCUAGAAUUUUAAUUGGGGUUAAAUACCGUACUAUGGAUUUUAAAAUCUUAAUGCUUACAUACAAGGCCCUGCAUGGUCUUGCUCUACAGUAUCUGGCAGAUCUUUUAACACCUUACACACCAGUUCGCACUUUAUGGUAGCCAACGCAUAGAUGCACCCCCUUACGCCGUAGCCUGACAUGAACCUCUCCAAAAAUCUAACAGCACGUCAAUUAUGUGCGGAACGCAAGCACUGUGAUUGGUCUGCUAGAAUCCCUCCCUCUGUAUGUACUUGAGUUUUGUGAGUGUUUAUGUGCACUUUAAUAUAUUUUAAUGUUACACCUUCUCAUAUAAAAUAAAACAAAGCAAAGAACAAGUGUCUUAUCAUUUAUUAUACUACAUAGCAUUACACAUCAGUAGUUGUCUGUGACAAACAAUGUUGAUCUGCCGUGGUACAAGUCCUUGUGGAGUUGGAAAGAAUGCUAUCUUCUCCUGUUGCAUUGUCUCCUUUUGUAGUUUUAAAUAAUGAUUUAAUAUUUAUUUGCCACUGUCAUGGCUAUAAUGCUUCUCUGAUGAGCCGCUUCUUCUUCAGCUUUUGUCGUGGUACUGCAGGUUACACCAGCAACUUGCCUGUGGACACUGCAGACUAGCGGUUUGCAUGUGUACUGCACGUCGACACGGAAAACGACGCAUAGCCUACGGCAUAAAGGCUAUGGCGUAGGUCCGACACAGAAGAAUAAAUAAGCCUUUAGUUGUUCCCAAAACACUGUUAUGAUCCAGGGGGGGGACAGGGCUUUUUCAACAUAUGCUCCAAAACUGUGGAAUUAUCUCCCGAUUAACAUUAGGGACACUAAUUCUUUGGCUGUUCUUAAAACCUUUCUUAAAAUGUUCUAUCAGGAAUGCUUUCAUUUGAUUACUUUUUUAUUGUACUGUUUUGUGAUUGUUAUUUUUAUUAUUUUACCCCCUUAGGCACUCCAGUAAUUGUUUUACAUAUAGUUAAUACCUCAUUACCUAAUGCAUGAAAAUGUAGUUUUGCUAUGUCAAUUCUUAAUUUGUAUUAUUUUUUUUAAAUAGACUGUGUGAUCUGGGAUGAAGUCUCAUGAAGUCUUUCAUUGGAGCUGACAUUCACAGUCAGCGGAAUCAUCCUUUAUCGAUCCUCCACCAGACAAAGACCUGCCCAUUGCCCCCUGUACUGUAACGUCUUACUCCCUGACCAUGGCUAGUCGAAGAAAGUCUACAACACCCUGCAUGAUCCGACCGGAUGACUUGGUAACUGCAGAUGAUCCAGAAGAAAUGGAUUCCUGUGUGGAUGGUCCAGAAGAAAAUGGAUCCUCACAUGUGUCUUCUAGUGAGGACUGGACGGAUAAGAAGAGUUCUGUGAACUCUGCACAGGAAGCAACAGAGCUGGAAAACCCUGAAGUGAAAACACGACCACAGAGGAAACUCCAGGGAGGCUAUGAGUGCAAAUACUGUCCCUUUUCCACACAAAAUCUCAAUGAGUUCAAAGAUCAUGUCGAUUCCAACCACCCCAAUGUUAUACUCAACCCACUUUACUUGUGUGCGGUAUGCAACUUCAACACAAAAAAGUUUGAUUCUUUGACGGAACACAAUGAGAAAUGCCAUCCUGGUGAGAGCAACUUCAAGUUCAAGAGAAUCAAACUCAACAGUCAGACUAUUCUGGAGCAGACAAUCGAAGGUUCGAACUGUGCAGUCCUCUAUGAUACCACCAGCCCUCAGUCAGGAGAGAACUUUACUGCUUUUCCUUUGAGCAAAUCCAGUACUGUUAAGGUGGGUAAGCCUAAAAUAGAUAGUUUACAGUUACAGGAUGAUGGUGCGCUGGACAAACUCGCUCAAGAUCUACCGAAAAAGCAAAUUACUGCUGUGAAUGUGAACGGGACUGUGAUAAUCCCAGAUGCAACUCUUAGGGAUGGCCUUUCUCAUAUAAUGCCAUCCUUGCAACGCCCACCUAACUACAACUUAGUACCAAAAAUUGCCGUCCCCUUGAACACAUCAAAAUACAACCCCUCGCUAGAUGGCAACUUGACCCUCAUAACCUCCUUCAACAAGUUUCCGUACCCUACACAAGCAGAGCUUUCUUGGCUCACUGCAGCCUCCAAACACCCUGAAGAACAAAUCAAAGUGUGGUUCACUACCCAACGUCUAAAACAAGGCAUCAGCUGGUCUCCUGAGGAGGUUGAGGAAGCACGAAAGAAGAUGUUCAAUGGAACAAUUCAGUCUGUUCAACAGGCAUUCACUGUAUUACCUACUCAGUUAACUCAGUCCACUAAAGCUUCACAGCCCCUUAUCCAGACCGUCCCUUGCCAUGUUUUUGGACAACCUGGCCUGGUGUUAGCACCGGUUUCCAAUGGCUCAACUGCUACUGGUGCUCCUCUUGCACUAACAGUGUCAAAUCAAAUAGCACAGGGUGUCAAGAGGGCCCACAGAGCACCGCCGGUUGCUCCAGAGAUAAAGAGGCCUUCAAUAAUUCAGUCCGUUCAGAGCACUCCCAAGCCUGUCUCUCCGACACCAAGCCUUUCUUCAGAUUGUGAGAAAACCCCUGAUCAAAUCAGAGAGCUGACCACCAGCUAUUCUCAGUGCCAGUUUCCUGAUGACGAAGAAGUGUAUCGUCUCAUCGAGAUGACUGGCCUCUCCUGGGGAGAGAUCAAAAAAUGGUUCAGUGAUCAGCGCCAUGGAAACCAUAAGGCAGUGCAACAGAUUAAAACAGACCUCUCUUCGAAGGACAGCCAACCACAUAAGCCUGUUGCCACACAGUUUCCCCUACUAGAGAGAGUUAAAGGCAAAUCCUCUGAGCAAAUGAAAAAGUUAGAGGAGAGUUUCCAAAGGACUAGCUUUCCAACCCAGGCUGAGAUAGAGCACCUUGUGACAGACACCAGACUCUCUAAAACCGAAAUUGAUUGCUGGUUUAAGGAGCGCCGUGCACUUCGAGACAACCUAGAGCAAGCCUUGCUCAACUCGAUGGGCUCAAAAAGGCUGGAGCAUCACCUUCAAAGGGGGACACUGAAUGGAGUCCAUGAGCAGGACUGUAGAGUCAGGGACUCACCUCUUCCCAUUCUCACGUCUUCAGUGUGUCCAGAGGCCAUUGAUGGCAAGUCUCUCUGCCUUCUUAAAGACAUGUUUGCACAAACCCAGUGGCCAUCACCAGAGGAGUACAACCAACUAGAAAUCCAAACAGGGUUAGCUCGUACAGAAAUUGUCCGGUGGUUUAAGGACAACAGAUCUGCUCUGAAGAAUGGAAUGUUAGGUUGGAUUGAGCAAUUUCAAAGUCUUAGCAACAAGAGAUCUAAUGGACAAAAUAGCACAUUGAUCUCGGAGCAGGCACAGAGUGUCCUUCAAAGGCACUUUCAAGAGACAAAGGUACAAAAAGAGGAGGGUUUUGAGAAGCUUGCAGAGCAGUCAAAACUAACCAACCAGGACAUAGUCGAAUGGUUCACCAGUAAGCUGGGCCACAACAUGCCUGAUAUCAGCAAGAGCAAGGAUCAACACGGACAGGCGAGUGUAGAUGGUAAGAGGUGGGUUUCCUUGGCAGCUGACAUUGAAGGCAAAGAUUACGAUGCACAGAAAGUGGCACGAGACCUUGAAGUUCUGUCGGCUGAGCACAGAGUGACAGGAUAAAGUGAUAAAGAAGAAAACAGGCUGCUAUGACUGAACUAGAUGGGCUUGUUGAUUAAGGAAUGACCUCUGUUGUCAUGAAUGGAACCAAUGAUCUCAUAUCUGGACUGAGGUUAUCAGAGACGAGAUGGACUUGGGAGCAUCUGUGAAACACUGUCUGGAGAGUGACCAUGGAGUGCCAAAGUUUGACUGCUAUGUUGUUAUUAUUAUGUUUGUUUUUUAAAAGGGCCCUUGUAAAUAUUUUUUUCUGUACUUCAACAGAUUUGUAAAAUUUUUGGAAGAUGAGACUUUUGUUACGUUUAUAAUAGGAGUCCCAAGACAUUUCCCUUGACACUUAUAAUGAAAUGUUCAAUCCUUUUUGUGAGUGGACACAAAACUAACCCACCUGCUGGUGAAGCUGGUUUAAAACACGAUGUGGUCCAUGAUGGCACUUAAUAUUUCAAGUGGACACAUACAAGCGGUGCUUUAAUAAAAACCAUCUUAUUCCAGAAAACAAGGUGAUAUUAUGGACUUUUCUUUGGACCAUAAACACAUUGCCUGCGGUCUCAUCUUGUACCUUAUUGCCAAGGGUACAGAGCCCCAUGAUGGACAUAAUUAAAACUGAAAUCAAUAAAAUACAGAGAUGCACAUGUUUAUUUGUAGUUAUAGGCUCAUUUCUGGCAAUGUUACAGUAACUGCAAAUUUAUCCGUAUCAUGUUGGCUUUUCCUGGUAUCCCAACACAUAGAUCCAUUUUACCAUUACUCAGCUGUGAACUGCUUUCAGCUCGCUUAAGUAUAUUUCUUUUUCCUGCAGCUGCUUUAGUGUCAUGUUCAGAUAUGUAUCAGGAAUACUGUACUGCUACCAAGAAUCCUGCUUGCUCUUUAUAUGAACCAGUCUGCUGUAAAUCAAUAAAACACAACUGAUUGAAAACCUGUUUCGAGUCUCAUUUUUU